AUGGUUGGGCAGAUUCGGGCAGAGCUAGAGCAUGAGCUCAGCAUUCCCGACAAGUCCUUGUUCUUGAUGAACCUGUCAGGUGCUGCAGAGUUCAAGCAAGUGCUUCCCGACGAGAAAUCACUCAGAGAUUUGGGCUUGAAGCCCGGAGACCGUGCGGGGAUCGAGCUUAGAAUCAAUUACUAUCAAGAGCAAGUGGCGGAGGAAUACGUCAUGCCAGACUGCCUCGAGCUGAAGGUCAUGAAUGAUCGCGGGGAGGAACGGAUUAUUUCAGUCCACGUGCAGCGGCCUGUGAUGGACAAGCCAUAUUUUGGCGGCUACCGAAACAAGAUGACGGGUGCUACGUAUCAUCAUGCCGUGACCCAGACAGCACCGAUCCAAAAGAAAGACGUGCACAUCAUACGCUUCCAUCGCGAGGCACAAACCUACGAGUACCGGACCCGCUCCACACAGUGCAAGCGAGAGGCUGGCACACAGAUGGAGAAGGUGGGCUUGUACGUCGACCAACGCGAUGACGUGGUCAUGAAGCCUCGACGGCCAUACUUCAGCAGUGCCGACAAGGCGUUUAAGCGCACUCGACAGCUCCGUCAAGCGCGGCAGGUUCUGCAGCGUACGAGAGACUUCGUCAUUUUGACUGCAGUUGAUCCAGAAGGCGUCCUGCUGAAGCUCAAGGUCCCACAGCGGUUCCUACAAUUCUUUCAUUCAGACGCUGCAACAGCGAUAGUGGUUUGGAAUGAAUGUGGGAAGCUAAGGUUUGGCUGUCAGUCUCCUUCAGAGCCAUUCCCGGAAGACUUCUUCCUGACCAGGGAUAUCCCGAAGCUCGGCGGAAAGAAGUGGGAUCCAGACUACCGUCCAAUCGAAGACUUUUUCGAACCUUGGGCCCAACAGUUCGCAUCGUCGGAACAGCAGGCAGGUUAUGGCUUGGUCUCUCAAUUCGACGAGCUUACAGAACCAUGGAUGGAAGGAGGAGCCACCUUUGCAUUUUAA